ACAGGAAUGGUUAAAUGCACUACUCAUAAAAUACAUAAGCUGUUCAUUAUUAUAGCAUGUUUUAGGUCACAAAAUGUCUGCUACUUUUAACAAUGCUGUUUUGAAAGUUUUGUGUGACCAAGAGCCUAGAUAAAAACCACUUUCCUUGCAAAAAUCAGACCAAUUUGUAUAAAUAACUAGGUACCUAUUUGUUUAUGAGCAGAUAUUUCGGUCACCAAAUCCAUACUUCCUUAAAAUAUUUUGAAUGCAAAAGUUUGUUAGUCUGCUAGCUUUUGACAGCUCAUCUCCUUAAAAGAUUUUGAUGCAAUUUGGUUCAGAUAUUUUAUACUUGCAUCACAGUGAAGAACAUGGCUACUUUUGUUCCGGAAAAUGUUCCCACCAGAUUUUUAAAAACAUAAAUCCAGUAGGACGAACUUGUGGGCAUCAUUUAAUAUCUGGACUUAUUUAAAAUUAAUUGGAGGAAGUUGGCCACCAGCACCUAAGGCACCAGAACAUCCCGAGUAUGGGUCACAGCCUCAUAGUCCAAAACGAACUAUGCAGAGGUCAAACCAUGAACGGAUCAAGUCUAUAAACCUAAUUAACCACUUAGAAAGACGAAGGAAUAAGCCAACUACAUCUGGCACAAACAUCAGCUCUGACGAGUUUGUUCAAACUACUAAGAUGGUUCAUGAACCUAAAAAAAUUGAAACCGGCCUUUUAGUGGAUGUGUGCAAUAGUGAGGCUCAAGAUGAGUUUUACGAUUCACCAUCUCUGGGGUCCCCUCGCGCGGUGCAAGCAAAGGCAAACCAGCCGUCGCAAAGUCUGCAAGACGAUAUCGGUGUAGGAUCGCUCGUGGAAGUCGCGACAGAUGUCGAUCAGCAUUACUAUGGUGUUGUUAGGUGGAUAGGUCUGAUUGAUGACAUAGCGACAGCGGGCGUGGAGCUCGAGCAGAGCGUGUGUGGUUUGGGCGACGGGAGUCACCGCGGGCAGCGGCUGUUCUCGUGCGGAGCGGGGCGAGCGCUGUUCGUGCCGCUGCCACUGUGUCGACGCGACGCGCGCUUCCGCGACACGCCGCCCCCCGAGCCCCACCAUAACGAGCACCAUGACCAGCCGGACUGCCCGGUGGUGCGCGGCGUGGUGCCGCCGCUGAGCGCGCUGGGCUCGCUGGCCGGCAAGAGCCGCGGCAUCCAGGGCCACCACAACUCGUGCUACCUGGACGCCACGCUCUUCGCGAUGUUCACCUUCACCAGCGUGUUCGACGCGUUGCUCUACCGCCCGCCUGAACCAGAGGACUCGCCGCACUACACGGAAGUGCAGCGCGUGCUGCGCGAGGAGGUGGUGAACCCGCUGCGCAAGCACGGCUACGUGCGCGCCGACCGCGUCAUGAAGCUGCGCACCCUGCUCGAGCGCCUCUCCGACGUGCCCGGCCUCACGUCCGAGGAAAAGGAUCCAGAGGAAUUUUUAAAUGGUCUAGUAGCACAACUCCUACGAGCAGAGCCGUUUCUGAAGCUAUCCUCGGGUCAGGAAGCCUACUGCUAUCAGCUGUUUGUGGAAAAAGAUGAACAUAUCUCCCUGCCCAGUGUUCAACAACUUCUAGAGCAAUCCUUCGCUACAUCUGGAGUCAAACUUAGUGAGGUACCUGCAGCAUUUAUUAUUCAAAUGCCUCGUUUCGGAAAGCAAUACAAACUGUACCAGCGAGUGCAACCAUCACCGUUAUUGGAUGUCACUGAUCUCAUUGAAGGAUUACCGCGGCAGUGCACGGUAUGCGGCGGGUUGGCGCGCUGGGAGUGCGGCGCGUGUGCGGCCAACGGCGCGCUCGACGCCGGCGCGCUGUGCUCCGCGUGCCUGCGCCUCGCGCACGCCACCAGGCCGCACCACAAGGCCACGCCGCUAUCAGUCUGCGAGGAAUACGCCAACAUACUUGAGUCGUGCCCCGUGCCGCGCGUGUACAUGGAGCUGUUCGCGGUGCUAUGCAUCGAGACCAGCCACUACGUCGCCUUCGUCAAGACGGGCGCCGGCACCGACGCGCCUUGGUGCUUCUUCGACUCCAUGGCCGAUAGGAAAGGGGAGCGCAACGGGUACAACAUCCCGGAGAUCGUGGAGAUCGCCGAGCUGGGCGCGUGGCUCAGCGAGGAGGGCGGGCGCGCGCUGCACGACGCGGCGCCGCUGGACCGCCACCUGCCCGCGCCCGCCAAGCGCCUGCUGGCCGACGCCUACAUGUGCUUCUACCGCAGCCCCGACCUGGCCAUGUACCGCUAAGUAGCCAGCUGCAGCAGUACACUGUCGUGCUUACGUUUCAUUAAAAACCCAGCCAAGUGAGUCAGACCUGCAGCCGAAGAUUUCCAUACCAUCAUACAAAAAAUAACACUUUUUGAUUUUUUUGCUAUGCAACCACAAAUUCACGAUUUUCGGAUUUUUUGCUUUACUUGUGCUAUAAGAAAUUGCUACCUGCCCAAUUUCAAGAUUGUAGGUCAACGGGAAGUACCCGGUUUUCGAUUCCUUUGAUGGGUCUUGACAGACAAACUUGAAAAAAGGACCCAUUUUAUAAUAAGGGGGUCAUUUUUUUCUCUGAAGAUAUUGAAUCCAGUAUGAAAUAUCUCCAAAAUGAAAUAUAUGCAGUUGGAAUGGCCAACUCUGCAAACGGAACCCACACAGACAAGCUCUGAUAUGCAGGAGAGGCAGAAUGAUGGCUCCACCAGGUGUAUCAGUUUGCUUCCUCUCCUGCAUGUUCUGGCGGCAACAAUGAUGAUCAGAUGCCACGAAACUUUACUGGAUGUUUAAACACGAUUUUUGACAUCUAUUUCAGACUAAAUUUUUUUCACUGCGACUUUUUUACAAAUACUAGAUUGUAUAUAAAUAUUUUGUUCAAUAACGCUGUUUUGCUAUACAUAAAUUUAUCUCGCAUUUUUUUUAAUGAAAGUUAUUUAUAUUGACACAUUCAAACAUCAAAAUAACCUAAUAUUUAAGUAAUGCCUCGCACGGUCGACUAGCCACCUGGCAACCAUUGAAAUCUGUAAUUUUGCACCCUGUAUAUGCGCACGAAGUUGCGGCGAGUGCACGAGUAUACAUACGGCGACUUCCAUAUAAAUUAUUGCAGAUUCUUACGUCGCCCUCGAUCGAGUUGCCGGGCAACUAGUCGACCGUGCGUAAUGGCUCUAAGUUGCAAAUAAGCAUUCCAUCAGCCUCAAAUACAUGUUCUUGAAACUUGUAAAUGCUGAAGCCAAAAAAAAAGAAUGUAUUAUUUUAUAAUAUUAUAGAUAUAUUUUAUAAAUUAUUAUUUAAUUUAAAUAACAUAGUACAUAGCUCUAAUGUGUAAUAAUAGGAUGAAAUAAAACUAAUUUGUGUUUU